AUGCCGACUGUUACGAUAGACGGAGUGCCCAUAGAAUUUCCUUUCGAGCCCUAUGAUCUUCAAAAAGAUUACAUGGAAAAGGUGCUCCAGUGCAUCAAAUACGAGACGAACGGUGUGCUAGAAUCCCCCACGGGAACAGGCAAAACUCUUUCAUUAUUAUGCUCAACUUUGGCAUGGGUAGAAUUCAAGAAAGCACAGAGGAAAGCUCAAAAGACGGACAUGUUUGAGAUGUAUGCUAGUUCUGCAGCUCCUCCAGAAAUUACUCCUAUGACUGUAAGGUCUGAGCAAGUGCCGGUAGUUAUAUAUGCAUCUAGAACGCAUACCCAGUUGUCUCAAGCUAUAAAUGAGCUUAAAAGAACUGCUUACAGUCAUAUGAGGGCAUGUGUUAUUGGUUCUAGGGAGUUUUUAUGUAUCCAUCCAGACCUGGCAUCUGAACCAAAUUCGCUUAAGACCCAAAUGUGUCAAGUGAAAGUGAAAAGCAGGUCAUGUCAGUUUUACAGCAGAGUUGAGAGAAUGAAAAGUGCAGGACCUGUUGUUGAUAAGAAUGUAAUGGAUAUUGAAGAUAUAGUGAAACUAGGAAAUUCACUCAAAUUUUGUCCUUAUUUUAUGACACAUGAACUUGAUAAACUUGCUGAUAUUGUUUUUAUGCCUUAUAAUUAUUUGUUGGAUCAUAAUAUCAGAAGAAAUUUAGGAGUUAAGCUCGAAUCCAGUAUAAUAAUAUUAGAUGAAGCUCAUAAUAUUGAAAAAGUUUGUGAAGAAUCUGCUUCUCUACAACUGAAAUCAUCAGAUAUAACAUUAUGCAUAGAAGAAGUUACUGCUGCUAUGAAACUUCUUUCCGAGCAAGAUAAGAUUGAUGUUGGUGUUGACAUACCUGAAGAUAUUCGACCAGAAGACCUGUGUGAUCUAAAAGAACUAUUUCUGGAGUUAGAAAAACAAAUUGAUGAUGUUAAAAUAGAUAUUUAUCAUGGUGUUACCCAUGAAGCUACAUUUUUGUUAGAUCUACUAGCUAGAGCAGGUAUUAGAGCAGAAAAUUGUGGUAAUAUAAGAAAUCUACUGUUGAAGCUAACAGAAUUUUUAGCAACUAUAGCAGAUGGGCCUUUUGCUCGAAAAGGAGUGGCUUUACAAAAUUUUGAUGGCAUGCUAGAGCUGAUAUUCAUGGGAAAAAGUAAUGACUUCUGGGAUAAAGUCAAAAGAUGUUACAAGGUACAUGUGCUAGCAGAGCCCACUAAAAAGAAAGGAAUGCAAGACAACUGGUUGUCAAAAGCAACACACAGUAAAGCUGGUGGGAAAAUAAUUAACUAUUGGUGCUUCAGUCCAGGAUUUGGCAUGAAUAUGUUUUUGGGUGAGAGACCACGUUGUCUCAUACUGACAAGCGGUACUCUAGCACCUUUAGGGCCUUAUACGUGCGAGUUGGAGCUACGGGCAGACGUGAAGCUAGAAAAUCCGCAUAUCGUGAAAGGGGAUCAAGUUUGUGUUAGAAUCGUAACCAAGGGACCAGACUCGGAAACGUUAAACUGCAACUACAAUAACAGAGACAAUCCAAAGUUCAUAAACUCAGUAGGAAUGACAAUAUCAAAUUUGAUAAGAAUGAUACCUGGUGGAGUGUUGGUCUUUUUCCCAUCUUAUCCCAUUUUGCAUGCGUGUAAAAAAAUAUGGGAAGAGUCUGGUUUAUGGGCAAAUAUCAACAAACAAAAGGCGGUGUUUGUGGAACCUCGUGAGAAAGAACCUUUCAACUCUGCCAUGCAAAGUUACUAUUCGAACAUUAAGGAAUAUGGCGGAGCUAUCUUCAUGGGAGUAUGUAGGGGCAAAGUUUCAGAAGGUCUAGAUUUCGUAGAUAACAACGGUAGAGCGGUUAUCAUUGUAGGGCUUCCAUAUCCUCCUUUCAAAGACCCCAAGAUUGCACUUAAAAGAAAGUACAUUGACUUGUGCAAUUCUAGGGAUAAAGAGUAUCCGAGAGGAGAAGAAUGGUAUAGCUUAGAGGCUUCAAGGGCUGUGAAUCAAGCUAUUGGCAGAGUGAUCAGACAUUCCAAAGAUUAUGGGGCCAUUCUACUGUUAGAUGCUAGAUUUGACAACCCUCGUUUGAAAAGUCAAAUGUCAAAAUGGUUGCAAGAACAUGUGAAAGUUACCAAAAAUUUUGGAGAAUUGAUCAGGGACGUUAGGGGUUUCUUCAAAGACGCUGAUCAGAAGUUCCAGAAGGAUAGGACAGAUGCCGCGUCAUUUUCAUCCGACGCAGUCCACCAUCAUCCGGCCUUUGAUUUUGGCUCAUCUUCUUCAAGCCUUAUUAAAAUGGAAAGUGCAUCAAGUUCAAAGACUAGCGAGGUGAUCCUUCAUCCAAGGAAAAAGAUAAAAAUUGCUAUAGCCACUGCUAAUGGUGAGGAGACACAAGUCACCGAAACUUCUGUACAGGAGUAUAUUACAAUGUAUACCUGUCAGAACUCAUCUGAAUAAUACCUUUGGUGAAAAGUGGGUUGGACCAAUUCACUGGCCACCUCGCUCCCCCGACUUAAAUCCAAUAGAUAUUUAUUUAUGGGGACUCCUUAAGACGACUGUUUACGCUACUCACAUAGAAACAAUAGGAUAAAGAAGAAAUAAAAUCGUAAAUGCUUGCGAGGGAAUAAGAAGUGGACCUCGAUUUCGUCGUUCAAUGGGUCGUCCAGUGAGAUGGUGUACGGAAAUCAAAGUUUGCUGUUUAGCAACAAAAUUCAGAAAAUCCUGGACGUAAAAAGUUUCCAGGAACUCAUCAGUGCAUUAAGCAACUACAAACAAACAGAUGAUUAUGAGACGUUAGUGAAAAACCUUGAUAAUAUUUUUAAGGGGAAAAUGCAUUUACGGUAUUUGAUAAAAGGGUUGGAAAAUUAUAUAAAACGUAGGCACAGAGAUGCUUUUAACGAAUAUUGUGAUAGUAGAUGAAAGUUACCUUUAUAAGAACUAUGUGAAAUAUUUAUAAUGUUACUAUGUUAUCAGUUCAAUUUUCCUUAACUUUGUACUUUUAAGUUUAUCAGGAUGUAUAUCAAAUAAAUUUGACUUAUUUUUAUUCACAUGGUUUAACUCGAUAUUUGUCCCCCAGCUUCAAAUGUUCAUCUUAACCUGACGCAAUCAUGAAAUAUCAUGAUUUUUUU